AUGCAGCAUGGGGCGGCUUAUGACGGAGAGUUCUUGGCAGAGAAGCUCGUGAAGCAGCUGCUGGGCCUCGGAUCGAACGCAAGAGUCGAUGCAGCCCUGGUCCGGGCCCUGCGGCCCUUCUUGCAGGGCUUGCCGGCCCAUCUCGCCGAGACUGCGGCGCUCGUCGAGACCAGGCCGCCGUCGCAGAAGAGCGCCCGAGAGGGCCUGUCGCAGCUGAGUGAGCAUCUGCGGAGUCUCCAAGCCAAGCUGGGCGCUCUCGGAUCCGAGGUGCAGGUCUCCGCGGAGGCCGCGGAGGCGGAGGCGGCGGCGGCGCGCCGUUGCCUGGAGGACCUCCGGAGCCGUCUGGAAGCGAUCUCCGAGGACGAAGCUUUGGAGAUGCUGGUGGCGGCGAAGGAGCUCUUGGAGGGCUCCGCUUCCCUGAUGCUGGUGAACCGGAUGGGCAGCUUCGAGCACUUCGAGUCCUCGCUUUCCGAGCCCCUCCACGAGCUCUGGGAUUUCGCCUCGGACCACCCGCCCGUCGGAGCGAGAAUCGUGCUGAAAGGCGGCGACUUCGGAGCUCUGAAUCUGGCCUCCUUCAAUGUUCUAAAUAUGCACUAUAUGAAGUUCAUCGACAAGGACUGGCAGGGCCUGAAAGGCUCCAAGAUGCAGCAAAGCCCUGCGGAGCAACGGGCCGAAGAGCUCGUGUCCGUGAUCCUCAGAAUCCUCCACCACCCAAGCCAUCCCAAGGCCGUCCUCUGCCUCCAGGAGAGCCAUACGCAU